ACCGCAGAAGAAGCAGUUCCGUUACUGCAGAGUUGAGAUCAUCAUGGCGGCCGCCCUGAGGAGAAGCUUGGGAGCGUUGGUCAAGGGCCUGAGUGGCCCCCAGUGGCAGCAGUUGGCCUCUCGACCUCUGAGUUUAUCUGCAGGACGCUGUGGUCCAGAGGCCUCACCGACCCGCGCAGAUGCCAUCUUCAAGGUUACAAUGGUGCCAGGGGAUGGGGUGGGACCUGAGCUGAUGUCUGCUGUCAAGGAUGUCUUUAAGGCUGGAGAUGUCCCAGUAGAAUUUGAAGAGUUCCAUCUCAGUGAGGUUCAGAACAUGGCCAGUGAGGAGAAACUGGACCAGGUGUUGACUUCCAUGAAGAACAACAAAGUGGCUAUUAAAGGAAAAAUCCACACACCCAUGGAGUUCAAAGGGGAACUGGCUUCAUAUGAGAUGAGACUAAGACGUAAACUGGACUUGUUUGCCAACGUAGUUCACGUAAACAGCCUGCCCGGCUACAGCACCCGCCACAACAAUCUGGACCUGGUCAUCAUCCGCGAGCAGACUGAGGGCGAGUACAGCUCACUGGAACAUGAGAGUGUGUCAGGUGUGAUCGAAUGUUUGAAGAUCAUCACCAGAGAGAAGUCACGGCGUAUUGCUAAGUUUGCCUUUGACUAUGCCACCAAGAAGGGGCGCAACAAGGUCACUGCUGUCCACAAAGCCAACAUCAUGAAAUUAGCUGAUGGCCUGUUUCUGCAGAGCUGUGCUGAGGUGGCACAGCUGUACCCGAAGAUCAAAUAUGAGAACAUCAUCAUUGAUAACUGUUGUAUGCAGUUGGUCCAGAACCCAUACCAGUUUGAUGUGCUGGUGAUGCCAAACCUGUACGGUAACAUCAUUGACAACCUGGCAGCAGGGCUGGUUGGAGGAGCGGGAGUUGUUCCUGGUGAAAGCUACAGUGCAGAGUAUGCUGUGUUUGAGAGUGGUGCCCGACACCCCUUUGCACAAGCUGUCGGAAGGAAUAUCGCCAACCCCACAGCCAUGCUGCUCAGUGCUGCUAACAUGCUCAGGCACAUGAGCCUGGAGUAUCAUUCCCAAAUGGUGUCAGAUGCUGUCAAGAGGGUCAUCAAACAAGGAAAGGUACGGACACGAGACCUUCGCGGUUAUUCUACGACUGGUGACUUUGUGCGUGCUGUUGUGGAAAACCUGCGCCAUCGACCUAUUAAAUAAGACUUUUCAUCACAUGUUUUAACAUAACCUGGACUCAUGUUAGAGGGACUAUUCACAUUGUUUUGAAGUGUGGUUGUAUGAGGCACUGACACAGUCAUCAGCACUGACACAGGCCUGAAACCGUCUCCUCUGCCAAAGUCCAUGAGAACAUGACAGGAGCUGCUGAUCUACUGCUGCCUACUGUGUUUCACUGUGCUAAAUCCAAAUAAAGGAAUUAAAUCAAAUAACCAAUUUAAGCUUAUUGGUGGAGGCAGCGGUGGAUCAGUAACUGCUGUAUUUUAUCAUGUUAAAAUGUUUAUUUUCUCUACGGCCUUUGGUGUGGGACAGUGAGCAAUCCUUCACAGUUCUCUAAUGGUGGGAUAAAGUGGUGACCAUAGUCUUAAGGUAUCAUAUAUUUAAGCUGGUGUGUAUUUUAUUAGAUGAGCCUUGUGUCAGGAGGCCAAAGUCAUUUUUUCCUCGUGUCCCUGCUGGCAGCCAUUUCCGUUGUGAGCGAGCCUCCAGCUGUCAGUGCUGGUUACACGUCUCUGCUUCAUCCGAUCACAUUCACGUCCCGUCUCAGUGUCAAGUGUCACGUUUGAGAUUUGUUUUGAGUUUGCUGAUCGAUCCAGUAAACCCAGAGAUGCCUUGUGUUAUGUUCUUGUACUUACUUUGUGUCCUAGCAUCGUCAACAUCAUGCAUCUUGGACACCAACAAUCCACAUCAGUUUGAUUUUCUUUGUUUCUUGAAAACGUGCCUUACUGAGUCUUUGGAACUCUGUCUUCCUUCAGCUGCUUCCUUGUGUAUGAUUGUGGUGAAAUACUGUACGUCAGCACCACUGGCUGUAUUCCUUAUUACUCACACUUCAACAGGCUAAAGGCUGAAUGUCUCAUUUACAUUUGAGUUGCUUAAGGUUUUCAGUUUUGUCACUGAAAUGCCAUAAACGCAACACAAUCCUGACAUUGGUGUAAUUGUGAAGGUAACCCCAAAUGAAUGCAUCUUUAAUAACACAGAAGGUGUUUAUCAGGUGUGAUACCAUAGUAUAAUCAUUUUACAUUUUUAUGUACUGUAACACUUUCACAGACGAUGACUUAAAGGGGUAGUUUGGUUUUCUGACGUGUACUCUGACUGAAAAGAUGGCUGACAACAAGGAAAGCCAGGUUUUAAACAAGGCUCAUCUAAUAAAACUUACAGCCACUCAACUCCACUGAA